AAAAUUAAAAUUCCUAUUCCCAUUUCCUCUUUCAAUCUUUUUGCGAUUUUGGUUUUGGGCAAAUGUUCCAAUAAGCAGAACCCUUGAGGAAAAGCCAUGGAAGCGUGCUCUGCCCUCAUCUCUCACUCCCUCCCCUGUAUUUCUUUCGCCGGAAUCCAUGUCGGAAUCCCCCGGACUUCCGGCGACCUCCAGCUUCUGGGUCGUGGAGAAUUCAACUUGUCCGUAAAACCCAGAAAACUUUCAGGCUCUUUCAUGUCUUCUCGGAUGGCUCUUGGCUCGAAUGUUAGUGAGGAUACUGAUGAUAUGUUUGAUGACCUGUUUAAGAAAUAUGGGAAGGUGGUCUUCAAAAGAAACGACCAAAAGCCUCCUAGUGCAGAGGUUGACGAUGAUGCUGAAAGCUUGUCCUUUGCUGUUGCGGUGGCUAAGGUUGCAAGUGAGGUGAAGGCUGGAGAUAUUAGGGUCCUCUUUGUGAAGCCUCUUGUAUAUUGGACUCGUUUUUUUAUCAUUGCUACUGCAUUUUCUCGCCCUCAGAUUGAUGCUAUCGGGACCAAGAUAAAAGAUCUAGCUGAGAAACAAUAUGGAAGAGUUGCAUCUGGGGACUCAAAACCUAACUCGUGGACCUUGUUGGACUUUGGUGAUGUAGUUGUCCACAUUUUUCUCCCACAACAGCGAGCUUUCUAUAACUUGGAGGAAUUUUAUGGCAACGCAACACUCAUCGAGUUGCCCUUUGAAAACCAACAACCAUUUCGCAGCUGAAAAAGGCUUCCAGAAUUUAAUGAAGAUAUUAAAGUGCUUCUAAUGAUGGAUGUUGAUGUUGGCUGACUGAAGAGGAAAUACUUCAUAUUUGCCUGCUUUGUUUUAACUGACAUCUAUUGCCAUAACAGCUGCAGAGAUCUAAAUGUUGAUUGGUGGUCUAAACAUGCUCGGUUUGCUUGCUCAGGAUGACGGUUGUUCAUCAGUGAUGGAGCGGAGUGGUAGGGAUGACUUAAGCUAAAAUGUAAUUUAUUAUUGUAGAAGAUUGCUCUGUUUGUACUGUAGUUAAAAGUGUCAAUUGAUUCUGCAGUAUCUUUCUUACUGAAUGAGAAUGGGAGACCUCAUUUACUCUAGGUGCUA